ACACUAGAACAGUUCAGGUUGUGGCAGCAGUGCCCGAAGUCCGCCAAACCACGGGAUUGUUGCCAUAUUCUGGAAAAUAACUCCGUUUUCUUUGGGGGAAAAUAGUUCGGAUUUCAGUUCCGUUGAAACAUCUUCAGCACCAAACAAACAAACAAAAAAAUAGUAAUCUGAUAAUCCUCACACUCUCAAACUGAGGGAACAGACCGGGACCGUUGGGACUUACAGGGACAUAUUCUGCCUACUACUGCGCAAAACAAAGUACCGAAGAAUCUAUUAUACUUUCUGGCAUUGUGGAGCAAUCGAAUUGGAUGCGCUAAACGCUCCGCUAUCCAGGGCUCCGUUAUUAAGCUUGUGUUUUGAGGCGGUUGAACAGCCGUACUGGAUUCAGUGCUUGGGAUGCGGGAUCCCUGAACUUAUCUGCUGCUUUACCCGCCUCGUCGAGCGGACUUUCAUCUGCAGAAUCUCAGAGAUUCGAUGAGCAUCUCGCAGCGGGCUUUGGAUGUGAUCUAGAUUAACGGCUGGACUAAACUCUGAAUGCAGUUUUAUUAACAGCGGACUUUCCUGUCGUGCAGUGAGGGGUCAACAGAAGUGGAUUGUGUUGAAGUUGCAUGAAUCACCGGAUCGCUCUUUGCAGAUCGCGAUAUCAGAUCGGAUAUUUGGCGCAAGGCGUGAAGCGCGAUGGCAAUGUUGGCGACUUUUUGGAUAGUCCUGUUGGUCGCGUUGAACGCUCCAGCAGGGAAUGGGCAGUCGGUGCAGACGGACCCUAGUAAGUCUGGAUUUGUGGGGGAUACAGUGGAGCUGAAAUGUCUCUUCAUCAACGGCAAGCCACCAGUAAAGAUCUCUCAAGUCACCUGGCAGAAGCUGAUAAAUGGCACCAAACAAAACGUGGCCAUUGCUAACCCAGCCCUGGGAGUAUCAGUUUUGACCCCUUUCAAAGAUCGUGUGAGUUUCAAGCACCCCGCCGUGCGCCAGCGGACCCCUUCUUCCCUUGAGGAUACCACCAUUGUGUUCAGCAGUCUACGACUUUCUGACGAGGCGGCCUACAUCUGUGAAUACACCACCUUCCCAGCAGGGAACAGGGAGAAUAUGGUCAACCUCACAGUCUUUGCACGGCCAGUAACCAAAAUGACUUUGACUUCACCCACCAUCGUGGCAAGGACCCCAAAACGCAAGAUGCCCGUCGCCACCUGCCUGUCAGCCAAUGGCAAGCCUCCCAGCGUCAUCAAAUGGGACACAACUUUGAAAGGAGAGGCCACGUUUCAGGAAACACGCAAUCCCAAUGGCACUGUGACUGUUCGCAGUAACUACAUUGUGCUGCCCAGCCGUGAAACCCACCGACAGAAGCUCACCUGCAUCGUCACCUACCGUUCUGAGCGAUUCACCGACAGCGUCAUACUCAAUGUGCAGUAUGAGCCGGAGGUGAAAAUCGAGGGCUUUGAUGGCAACUGGUACCUGAAUCGUCCAAACGUGCAGCUCACAUGCAACGCAGAUGCCAAUCCACCUGUUACCGUCUACCAGUGGAAACUGUUGAACGGAUCGCUUCCUAACAACAUAGAAAUCAAGAACAACACCCUGUUCUUCAAAGGCCCUGUGACCUACGAGCUUGGCGGGACUUACGUCUGCGAGGCCACCAAUAGCAUCGGCACACGUUCUGGACUAGUAGAAGUCAACGUGACGGAACUCCCUAACGUCCCCUUUGAUGAGCAAGAGAUCCAAGCGGAGCUGCAUAGUUCCGGUGCUGCCAUCGGUGGUGCGGUUGGUGGAGUAGCCCUGCUGGUGGCCGCCAUCGCACUGCUUGUCUUUUUCCUGCGGCGUCGCCAGCGCACCUUUAAGGGCGACUACAGCACCAAAAAACAUGUGUUCGGGAAUGGAUACAGUAAGGCUGGCGGAAUGCCCGCCCAUCCUCCAAUGCCCAAGAACCUGCAGUACCCUGAUGACUCGGACGAUGAAAAGAAGCCAGCUCAAAUAAGUGGGCCUGGUGGCUUCGAGAGCGGUGAUCGGGAUUUCGAUGGCAACUCUGAGGAUUUGAAGAGACCCUAUUUCACUGUAGACGAAGGCGAAAGUCGCGAUUACGAUGAACGGACUCUCGCAUUCCAGUACGACCCUGAGCCCGAGAUCGCCGACGACAUGGUCUCCCAAACCGACGGCUCUGUUAUUUCAAAGAAAGAGUGGUAUGUGUAGAGCGGCAUGGGGAAAAAAAAAGAUCAACAACCUUUUGCCCUCUCCUGCAUCUGACCACAUCUACCCACCUCCAUCACUAGAACCCUCCCUCCAUGUGUUUACCCCGAUCUGCACAUCUCACCACCCCUGACCCAGUAACCUCCGCCCCAUCAGAGAUAAACAGCUGUAGAAAAUUAGCUCGCAUCAUCGACACGUCUGCGUCAUCACACAUCCACAUGCUUUUAGAUGAACCUGCUACAGCAGAAAGAGGUUUCCUCAAUGACUGACGCCAAUCAACAUCCAGCAAGGCUGGACCGGCAGGUCGCUUGAAAAUAUUACAGUGUAUUAUCCUUUUUGUCUCAUUUUGUUGUUAUUAUAAAUGUAUUAAAUGUAUAAAAAGAGACUGUAAUUGUUUUGGAAAGGGGUAUAUUGCUGAUCAUGUUGUGAAAGUCUUACACUGGAUGUACGAUUAUUCUUUUUUAUUCUUUGUUAGUCUUUUUUAAAAUCUCAUUAGCAUAUUACAUUUCUUUUUUGCAUUAAUAGUUUUUUAUAUAGUCAUGGUUUUAUAUGGAGUGUUGGUUAUCAAAAGAUGUGGAACUUAAGAGUAGAAUUACUAUUCCUGCCCAAACAGUGUCAUUAUGAGGUCGAAGGUCAUAUUAACACUAUCGUGUUAAAUGGAAACAUCGCAAUUAUGCAGUUUUACCGCAAACAUCAUUCCUGAAUGUAGGAUAGGGUCCGAAAUUGUGGCAUAAGUCUGUAAGCUGGAAAAAAAUAUGUGUGGGUUCUGACUGCUCUCCAAAAACAGUAUUUAUUUUAAGACCCGAGGAACACAUCUGCAGCGUUAGUCAUAUGCACACUGCAGUAGAGCAUGCAGAGCGGGGCCUAGACAGAUAUACUGCAUCCCACCCACCCAUCCGUCCCUCAAUCUCCAUGCCACUCUUAGCCAAUCUGCAAUCAUACUGUAGAUCCACCACCGCUGUGCUGCGAUGCUAUUCCCAAACCUAUUUCCUCAUCUGACGCAAAAGGAUAAUCCUGUAUAAUGUGGUGUUGUUUUAAAGACAGGGUGUUUGUUAUUUAGUUGGUGAUGUGGAGUGGUCAAAAAUGUUCGUGUAAAUAUGAACAGGUUCAAUGGUAAUGUUUAGUUCCGCAGGAGAUUAUGGCACUGGUGUCAACCACCGUUUAGAGGUGGAAGCAGUUCUUUCCGAGACCAGGUAGCGGUGAAGGCAUGGGUCACGGUAAUUAAGUGACGGAAAAUUCUUGAGCCAAAGUGAAAUCAGAGGCUGCGACUGGGCAUCGCAGACAGGCUUUUUAUGGAGCGAUGGAUCUUCCGCAAAGCCGGAAAUCCUUUCCAGAUCCUCUAUAAGAAGCAGAACUUUGCCUACAAAUUAGUACAUGUUUAAAUAAAUUAAAACAGAUACUCAUCAUGAUUCUGACAUUACCAACAGUGAUUUUUUUUUUUAACUCAUGGUUUGGUUUAGCCUUUUUGUCACACUUUUACAUCAAGAUUCAUUGUAAAUAAAAGACUUUCCAGAGUUAAAUAACCUGCUUAACUGCACCCAUAUCACCUCUUGACAAAAAAAAAAAAAUGAGUAGUGGAAUUUAUCAUGGCUUGUCUAUGAAAUAUUUAAUUCCCUUUGCCUGCCAUAAACAUGGCUCUGUACAAGAUGAGAGAUUAAGAUGCCGAACCGCUGUAAUCACACAGACAAUCCAGGAGAACCUGUAAACUCGCCUGCGCAGAAUCUAAUGGCUUUUUUUUCUCGCAUUUUCUUCAAACAUGAACUCUACUGAAGGGACUUAAACAUGAUAAUAUCCCUUUAAACUGGGAUUACCACACUCCAACGAGUAGAUGAAACCAUUAUUGAAAGAAUCUACAAAACAGGCAGCCGCAGAUUCCUUACAUAAUAAAUAAAUACAAUGUAGGGAAGUUCACGCACAUCUCGAUUUGACCUAAAACAUACUGAAUAACUGUAAAUCCAUUGCUUAGCAAGCCUUGUAUUUUAGCUUAGAACGGUGAAUGAGCAGAGUUACACAAAUUGCAGUGCCUAUAUGACGUGUGAGAUGUUUUAUUUUUUGGUUUUAGGUCUAAAUCUGUACAUAUCGUUUUCUAUUUUUUUAGUUCUCGUGUCACUCGGUGUACAUUUUUAAUGCAUUACCAUGGUAAACAUCUACACAUGUUGGUGGGAAGCGCAUCGCCUGGACUUCAAGUAUUAUAGGAGCCGUAUUUGUACCUGUUUUUUUACUCUCACAAGUAAAAAUAUCCUCUCUAUGCUUCAUAUGAUGGAACAAAGUGGGAAAAAAAUGGCUGGUCUGUCAGCCCUUUUAACUGGAAACCGGCUACAAAAAUCAACGCCGUGAUUGAAUCUGACAUCACUUUAUCUAAAGCACAAGUUUUUUCCGUUCCCAAAACUGAUUUUAGAGGUUAAUUUUUACAAAUCUUGCUAAUUUCUAUUUGUCUUUGGUUGUUUUUGUUGGAUUUUUCAAGUUAAGCACAAGCUACACAUCCACCAAAUGUCUAUUAUGGGUAUUAAUGCCAAAAAAAAGAACUCAAUUGACUAUUAAUGUUCAUCAAACAUAUCAUUUAUUAUUAUUUUUUAUAUACAAUGGUUUGUCUUGUGGAUCAGUUAAUGUUAAGGCUUCAUUAAAUGGCGCAUGGGCGUACUCGAUAAAUAUUUCCUUUUUUAUUUUAAACAUUAUUCUCAUAAUAAAUAUUGUUAAUAUUCAUUCUUUUAUACGUUCCUCAUUUUCACAUUGAUUUUUCAUUCCAGAGUCUCAUGUCUUUCUAACUGCCCACUUCAAAGCCUGACAUUCCACUGUAAAUAAUGUAUGUACCUUGGAAACUAUAGCUGGGUUUACUGUACGUGCGGGGGGAACAGAAUCGGUGGAGUUUUUUUCGAGUCUGGACGUUGACUGCAAUCUAUAAAACAGAUUAGACGGCUGGAGAUGUAUAGCUUAUUGCCAUAAAUCUACUUCGACAUCGACUUGGGUAGAUUAGGUUUUGAUAUGUUAAUGGGGUUGUGUAUAGCGAUUGUGGGGCUGAUGCAUUACGAUGACUUUGUACAUAACAGCAACAAAACAAACAAACAAAAAAUAUCUUUGAAAAAAAAAAAGAUCUUGUCUUCAUGCAGCCGUGUGAAUGUAUGUCUGCUGAGGUCAGUAAUGAUAUGAUGAUAAAAAAAUAUAUAUAUUGUUCACAUGUGUUGACCCAGUGAAGUAAACUGUAUUUGCUUUAAAACAUUAAAUGAUUUCAAUGUUCAA